CGACACUUUCCAUAUUGGCGACGUCGACGUUGGGAUCAACGGCUCAACCCAAUUCUCAACUCUCCAUAUUUGGCUUGGUCAAAAUACUCUAACCAAUCAAUGCCAUUUCAUUUCAUUCUUAUAUUCUCGUACGUACAUACAUACAUACAUUAUUAUAUAAUAAUGAAGGAUUAUUAAAGUCAAUAUUUUGACUUCUGACCCCAGUUUCUUUUUUUUCUAAUCUUGCUCUUUCAUAUAUUGGAUUUCUAACUUUCCCACUGAGUAUCCAACCCCAAUACUUUACAAGAUUAAUGGCCAAGGCGUGAAUGUAUAUACACACACACACACACACAGGGGCUACCCACCAAAAAAAGAAAGCAUGUCAAUCAUGGCAUCCUAUUCUACUCUUGUCUUCUUCCUCAUCUCCUCCAUUCUCUCAUUUUCUUCAUGGGAAACUGAAGCUAGAGGAUUGCCAAUCACUUCAUUGAUCAACAGAGACCUCUUCAAUGCAAUUUUCCUACACAAAGACAACCCUGCAUGUCCUGCUAAAGACUUCUAUACUUACGAUUCCUUUAUUCUAGCAACGAGACGGUUCCCAAGAUUCGGCAAGACGGGCCGUUUAACCACUAGGAAGCGUGAAAUCGCCGCCUUUCUUGCUCAAAUUUCCCACGAGACCACCGGCGGUUGGCCUACUGCCCCGGACGGCCCCUUUGCCUGGGGCUUAUGCUUCAAAGAAGAAGUUUCUCCUCCAAGCAACUACUGUGAUUCUACUAAUACCAAAUGGCCUUGUUUUCCUGGAAAAUCUUACAAGGGCAGAGGACCCAUUCAAUUAUCAUGGAAUUUCAACUAUGGACCAGCAGGGAGAGCACUUGGUUUUGACGGGUUGAGGAACCCAGAAAUUGUGGCCAACAAUUCGUUGAUUGCAUUCAAGAGUGCGCUUUGGUUCUGGAUGACAGAGCAGAGACCUAAGCCAUCUUGCCACAAUGUGAUGAUUGGCAGAUAUAUCCCUACCCCAGCUGACAUAGCAGCUAAUCGGACGGCCGGAUAUGGUCUAGUCACCAACAUAAUCAACGGAGGACUCGAAUGCGGAAUACCGGGUGAUGGUCGGGUCAACGAUCGGAUCGGAUACUUUCAGAGAUACGCUAAGUUGUUCAAUGUCGAUACUGGACCUAACCUAGACUGUGCAAAUCAGAAAUCCUUUUAAAAAAAAACUUUCUUUUUUCAUUAAAGAAAUAAAAAUAUUAUGUUAGAUUGAUGGAAUGGAACUCUGUGUUUUGUUGUUUUC